GUUAGACAACUGCACAAAGUUGAGAAACUGAUAAUGACCGGAACCAGAACCAUGCACUCUACCUUCCUCAGUAAGUAGAUGCUGGACCUUAGAAGGAGAGAGACCAAAUGUCUACUGGAGCAGACGUCAAGGCAAGAGUGGGAGACAUUCCCAAUGACAGCAAUUUAAACCUGACCCAAGAACAAUCCUUCAAGAAAGGUUUCUGCUCACUGAGGCAUGGUCUGGCCUUCAUCUUGCAGCUCUGUAAUUUUUCAAUUUAUACCCAACAAAUGAACUUGAGCAUUGCCAUAACAGCUAUGGUUAACACCACAGCACCAGCCAGCCAGCUAAAUGCUUCCACAGAAAGACCCUCGGCUGACUCCCAAGACUUCUGGAAUGAAACACUACAGGAAUCUAAGGCCCCUGUGUAUGACUGGACUCCUGAGAUCCAGGGAAUUCUCCUCAGCUCCCUGAGCUAUGGAUCAUUCUUAGCUCCAAUCCCCACUGGCUAUGUAGCUGGAGUAUUUGGAGCCAAGUACGUGGUUGGAGCAGGUUUGCUAAUUUCUUCAAUGCUGACUCUCUUCAUUCCACUGGCAGCUGAUGCUGGAGUAGCCUUGCUCAUUGUCCUUCGGGUCAUCCAAGGCAUAGCUCAGGUUAUGGUAUUAACAGGUCAAUACUCAAUGUGGGUCAAAUGGGCUCCCCCACUGGAAAGGAGUCAACUCACCACCAUCGCUGGAUCAGGGUCAAUGCUUGGGACCUUCCUUGUCCUCAUUUCUGGUGGUCUUCUUUGCCAGACCCUUGGAUGGCCUUAUAUUUUCUAUAUCUUUGGUGGAAUUGGCUGUGUCUGUUGCCUGAUCUGGUUUCCUCUGGUAUAUGAUGACCCAGAGAAUCACCCCUUUAUCAGCACUGGUGAGAAGAGAUACAUUGUGUGUUCACUGGCUCAAGAGGAUUGCUCGCCAGGCUGGUCACUUCCCAUUAAAGCUAUGGUCAAGUCUCUCCCACUUUGGGCCAUUGUAGUGUCUUAUUUAUGCCAAUACUGGCUGUUAACCACAAUAAUGGCAUACACACCCACAUAUAUCAGCUCUGUGCUUCAAGCAAACCUCAGAGACAGUGGAAUCCUGUCGGCCCUGCCCUUCGUGUUUGGCUGUGUCUGCAUUAUCCUUGGGGGUCUGUUGGCAGAUUUUCUCCUCUCCAGGAAAAUCCUCCAACUAGUAACCAUCAGGAAGCUAUUCACUGCCAUAGGGGUCCUUGUCUCAUCUGGGAUCCUCGUGCCCCUGCCUUGGGUCAGAUCCAGCCGCAUCACCACAAUGGCCUUCUUGGUUCUAUCAUCUACCUUCUGCAGCCUCUGUGAUUCAGGAGCCCUCAUUAAUUUCUUAGAUAUUGCUCCACGGUAUGCUGGCUUUCUCAAAGGACUUUUGCAAGUCUUUUCUCAUAUAUCGGGAGGCAUAGCGCCCACUGUUGCUGGAUUUUUCAUUGGUCAGGAUCCAGAGUUUGGCUGGAGAAAUGUUUUCUUGCUGGCAGCUGCUAUUGAUGUAGUAGGCCUGCUCUUCUACCUCAUCUUUGGCAGAGCAGAGGUGCAGGACUGGGCUAAGGAACAGACAUUCACCCAUCUCUGAGAGAAGGUCAUCUCAGAGAUCCUGGAUAUGUGACACUGAAGGUAAUUUCCUUCCACAACUUGAAGUAUCACAAGGGAAGGAAAGACUGGUUGUUUAUAACAGUAUGCUCCUGGAAGCACAGGUGUGUACGACUUUCUACGAAUCCUCUAUACUUUUCCCUGUUGCCAUGGCGAAAGCAUCAAGGGAUGGAAGACAAUUUGCCACAAAAGCUAAAGAGGAGGCCAGAAGUACAGGAGUGAUGAGUUGGAGCCUUGGGAGAGUGGUGCCAUGAACUCUGUAAGAUGUCAACAAAGGAGACUGGCUGCCUGGAAAACAAAGUCUUCAUGCUGAAGUCCUGAGGCCAAAGUGAAAAGUUGCUCUCGUGUUAAGUGAGGAGGUUAAAGAUCCAUUGUAAGUCUUGCUGCAUGCAGGGUUUCCAACUGAAAACAACCAGACUAAACAACAAUGAAGAGUAAAUCUAUCAUGCAAAAAAGAAUGAACUUUCUUCAACUAAUACAAGAAAGAUGGGUAACAGAAUGCAACUAUUCCAGACAAUUUUCUGUCUGUGAAUCUUGGAUUUGGAUCAAAACCACUUCUAGAGUAUAAACACCACUCAGACACUCUCGGGAGUCAACUCUUCCGUGGCUGCCUUCUUUCUUUCCACUCUGACCUGGGCGCCUCAUCUGGGUGUAGAUCUGUGCAAAUCCCUCAUAUCUUAGUGAGCAGACAUUGCUUUGUGUGUCUCUGAUCUCACAUACUGCUUUAUAGCAUCAGUCUUAUAAUGGCUGCUCUUUGCCUGCUUCUUUGACUCUUGUGGUUUCAGCCACUGUUCAGUGGGUCUCUUUCAAUGUAGAAUGUCUUCUAACAAUGUCGGCAAGACCCAUGCUUGCUCCAGCUCAUUCCAAAUGUUUAGAGAGUGUGCAUGGUGUUUCUUUGCAUUAAGAAUAUGCAUGGGUGACUCAGUGACUACAAAAGAGAACAUAAACAUUCAAACACUAAAUGAAUAUUAAUGAAUAUAUUAGUGUGUAUGGAGACAUGGAGACAUCACAGUCACACAUAGCUUGAAAUAGCUCACUGUCACAGGAGGAUAGAUAGCUUUAAUAAAAGUAUCACAAGUAAGUGUGCAGUAAUAGCUAUGGAAUAUGGAAUAAGUAGGGGCAUAUCUUACUAGAAUAAGUUAGUGGCAUGCACUAAUUUAAUGGUGAGUGGUGGCCAUCACCAUUACACAGCAUGAACUGAGCUAUAUCCGAGUGUCACCUGAUAUAGGAGGCCGAUGGAACAAAUGUUAGGAAAAGCCUCUGGGAAAAUCCAUAGCAUAUGCAAAGGUUUGGUGGCAAGAUAGAAAAGUCAGGAGUGAAUGAGAGGAGAAUUGGCUGGGAGGUGAUUAAAGAAGAAAAAUCAGGAGUGAAUGAGAUCAAACUGGACUGUGAGGAGGUUAUAGAAUUAUUGAAGUCAAGAACACCCAGGGCAUUGUGGACCUAGUGAAGAGUAUUGGUCUUUAUGGUAAAAUCAGUGGUACUAUUUUAAUGGAAAGGGACAUAACCAAGAUUCGGAGUUUUCAGUGGCCACACUACAUAAAAACUUAGUUAUGAAGUGCCAGUGCAGUCCAGGAGAGUGGUGGACUGUGGCAUGGGUGGAAGGGGUAGUGGGAGAUAAGCAGGUGGAAAGACUGGCCACACUCUAGUACUCUAUGAGAGAGUGGAUGAUGCCUACAGCAACAGCUGCAUUUUGGUUUGUUAUUAGAUCAAUGGGGAUGCUUCUCACAAUGAUAGCAACAUACACAAUGAAGACCACAAAUAGAAAAAUGGACACAAAGGUCUGGAUGGCACAUGUGAGAUUGCCUGGGUGGAUAGUAUGACAUAAAAAGAGAAAGCCUAUGACUAAUCCUUCAAGAUUUUUGGUGUUUAAUGAUCAGCUAGAGGAUCAUUAGAGAAAGAAGGGGUAAAGGACAGAGAGAGCUAGGGAGGCAGGAAGGAAGAAAAGUAUAUAAGGCAAACCAAGAGAAGACUCUUAAGAUGGAGAAGUGGAAAGAAUGAAUUACAAAAAGAGGUGAUCAGUCAGCAUGGCCUCAAUCUGCAGAGCUCUGGCUGAUGAGGAGAAAGCAGCAUGAGAAGAAAGGGGUCCACUCCUGAGACACUGGAGGCAAAAGAGUGGGAUGGAGAAAGGUGAAGGAUCCAGGAUCAAAGAAAGUUCGGAGUAAGCUUGUUGAAGACUCCUGAGGCAGAGCUAGUUGAGAAAUCAAAGCAGCAGAAGCAAAAGCUUCAAGCAUGAAUGGAAAGUUCCUGGGAGAGGGAUGAGGAAGGACUGUGGUAACCUAAAGCCCAGCUAGGAAGAUUACAAGAAUGGACCUUGCAUAAAAGUGCAAAGUCAUGCCCAUUUUUUGCUAGUGAGAAAUUCAAGGAGGGUUUCAUCUAAGUAUCUUUCUUUCUGCUUGAAAGCACAGAGAGUGUGUGAGUUGUUUGUGGGUAAGACAAAGGCUACAGUGUUGUUGCUAGACAGAAGAGAGACAUGUCUGGUGGCCCUGCUGGUGGCCAGGCAAAGUCUUUGCUUUUCAUACAACCCCUGGAACAACCACACAUUCUUCCUCUUCUGGUACAUUCAGGAACCAGGGCAUGCAUUACUUGACACAUCUUCAGCAAAGUGUGGGAUGCCAUUUACAGUAAGUACUAAUAAAUGUUUGAUAAGUCACUUAUUGGAGAAGCUCUGGAGUGGUAUAGAAGAGCAGUUAGGGACACAAAAAGAAUAGGAAAAUGUCCUAGUUUCUGCUCUGUUGUUGUGACAAGUACCAUGACCAAAGCAACUUAUGGGAGGAAGAAUUUAUUUGACUUACACAUCUGGUCAUAGUCCAUCAUUGAGGGGAGUUAGGGCAGGAACUCAAGCAGGGACUUGAAGCAGAAGCCAUUUGCCAGCUCACCCACAGGCUCAUAUUUUGCUGGCUUUCUUACACAGCCUAGGACUAUGCCCUUCAGGGUGGUGCUGCCCACCAUGGGCUGGACUGUCUUGCACCAGCUAACAAUUAAUCAAUCCUCCAUAGACAUGCCCAUAGACCAAUCUGAUCUGACUAAAACUGUGAUUGAGACUCCUUCUCAGGGAACUAACUGUAGGCUAUGUCAAGUUGACAGUUAAAGCUAAUGGGGACAAGAAAAAAGAAACCAAUUUUGCCACAAAUGUAUAUGCCUUGCUUUCAGAGCCUAUGUAUUCUUUUUCUUAUGGUGUUACAAUAUCAGAAACAUGGGUGUGAUACCUUCAUUCUCUUUGGCAAUCCCGGAACUGAUCCAGGUCUCAUUUAAGAUACAGUCAACUAUCCAAGGUUUUCAUUAAUCUAUCUCUUUUCCUUCUCAUAACUCUUUUAUUUUUAUUUUUUGUUUCUUUUUUGAGAUGCCUGUGCACUGCAAGCAUGCAGUGCCUGGUGGGGCCAGAAAAGGGCAUUGGAUCCCUUGAAACUGGGAUUAAUCAUGGUUUGUUAGCUGCCAUGUGGGUUCUGGGAAUCAAACCCAGGUCUUCUGGGAGAGCAGUCUUCUUAACUGCUGAGUCAUCUUUCCACUCCCUAUUUUUUGUUUGUUAAUCAAUCAUUUUUAGCUGCUGCACAUAACAAGUUUGACUGUUCCCUGGGUCCAUCAAAGAGGAAGCUGAUUUUUCUUCUUUAUUUUCUUUAAAAAAUGGGCCAUCCUGAAAGAAUAAAAACAAUAUAAGAUUGUUUUCAAA